GGUGGACGUAUUGCGCGGGUUUUUCAAAUCAUUGCUUAGAAAAGUUGAAAAAUGGAGAGGUUAGAUUUACCUCAAAGGAUUAUAAAUGCAGUCAAGAAAGGCAAGCUAGACAACAUCCACACAGUUGUGUGUAUGUCUGCCACAGACAUCCAACGAGCAACACGACUAUCAUUAAAAGAUAUAGCAAUACUCCACCAAGUCGCUGGUGCUGCAAUUCCAAGACCACCAGUGCAGACUGCCCUAGAACUUUAUCACAGUAGCAACGGCAGCUACCUAAGCACUGGAUGUCCUAUAUUAGAUAAGGCUCUUAGAGGAGGUAUCACCUGUCAAGGCAUAACAGAGAUUACAGGAGAGAGUGCGUCAGGAAAAACACAACUCUGUCUUCAAUUGUGCUUAUCUGUUCAGCUUCCCAGGGACUGUGGAGGAUUAGGAAAAGGUGCUCUAUAUAUUUGCACAGAGGAUGUUUUCCCCAGUAGACGUCUUCAACAAUUGAUCCCUGCUUUUCUCAAAAAGCAAAAUAAAAAAGCUACUGAACAUCUUAAACCAGGGGAUAACAUUUACAUAGAGCAUGCUGCUGAUGUGGAAGAUUUAAGAAGCAUAAUCUUUCAUCGCCUUCCACUACUCCUAAACAAUGGUAAAGUAAAGCUUGUCGUUGUUGAUUCUGUUGCUGCACUGUUUCGUGUAGAGUAUUCCCAAAAUGAAACAUUCAAGAGAGCAAAGGCACUCAUGUCUUUUGGAGCUCAGUUGCACAAAAUCAGCCAUCAGUACAAUGUUGCUGUAAUUUGUGUUAAUCAGGUUUCUGAUGUUGUUGGUAACAACAAUGCUAGCAGCUUAGGUUGCAAGGGUGUCAUCCCAGCACUUGGUCUAGCAUGGUCAAGUAUGGUGACAGUUAGACUCAUGCUAUCUCGCACUGAACAAUUUAUAGAUGUUAGAUCAAUAAAGGAAUCAAGCCACAACAACCUUGUCAAAAGAAAUCUGAAUGUGAUAUUUGCUCCUCAUCUAUCUAACAUAACUUGGCCAUUUAUCGUUGAUACUGAUGGGGUACAUGGUCUGCCUGAAGAAUAUACCACUGGAAAUAACAGAGAGUGUUGAAAAAAAUGAAAUAAAAAAUGAUUAGAGGAAUAGAUAACAGGGCACUGAAUCAACAAUUCCACUUUAUCUUGAAAAUAGUCUGCCAUUUUCAUUCAGUGCAUACUGGAAAAAUAAUGAAAACAUGAAUAGUUGCAUGCGGCUUUUAGUAAAAUAUAAUCUAGCUUCUAGCUUCUUGAUCCAAUCAUUACUUGAUUGAAAAAUCAAGCAAAAUCAUAGACAUUUUACAUUAGAUUGCAAACCAUAUAGAGUGGUUUUCAAAAACCCGUGAAACAAUUAAUCUUAGUUACUAUCAAAUAACAUGCAUAACUGCUAUUUUCAUAAACAUGCAAACAGCUCGCCAGUUGCGAGCUGCACCCUGAAAUAUUAGAUUUUUCCUUGUCAUCAAUCAAGACAAAUCAGUUGAUACCUAUAAUGUUCUUGACUGGCUUCAGCAAUAAAACAGCAUGCAGCUCUCAGCUACAGAGUCCCAUGCUUAUUUAAACUGUAAUAAAAUGUAUAUCUGCUAAAUACGCUAGCAAUAAUAUUGUUAAUUGCUAAUUAUUAUUUCACAGGGUUUUUGAGAACCACUCUAUUUGAGAAGUAGUACUAAGUAAUUGUACAAAAUAGCACCAAUGAAA